AUGAAAUAUGAUCGACGCACUUCUCAACGCGAAUUUAAAGUCGGAGAUCUAGUUUGGGUUGCAACCACAGCGCCUCAAAUUGGGUAUAUAACGAUUAACAGAAAAUUUCAACCAAAGUUUCAAGGUCCAUGUCGACUAAUAGAGCAACUCGAACCCUCAACAUUUGCCGUUCGACGGAUUGACAAUGGAGUAAAUUUAGGGGCCAUCAAUGUCGAUCGAAUAAAAAAAUACUUCGAACCGAUCUCCAAUUAUGAGCCUUCGAGAAUGAAUGACGACGAUUUGGAGGCUCCCUCAAGUGACGAACACGACGAAGCAAGUCAAAACCCUGCAUCAUCCAAUCCGACACCAACAGAUCGAAUAAAUCAACAGAGAGUAUCGAGCAGACAGCAUCAACUACCAGCUCGAUAUCGCGACUAA